AUGGUGUUCCAGUUCGGUCUGGAGGAGUAUCAGAAACGAACGUUAGAGGAGACAUGUUUACGGGAGUCAUUGCGUGAAGUGAAAGCGGCCGAUCGCGAGGCGGGAAUGAAGCUGAUUAAAGAAUUCUUGGAAUAUAAACAAGCGGUAUUGCACAGACUGGAUUCGAUUUCGGAAGCUCAAGUCUCAGUUAUCGAGGAGAUUAUGGGCAAAUAUCGGGAAAAAAUUCACGAAUUGUGGGAACAAUUGAUGUCAAACGAGAUGGUGAUUGCCGAACAGCUGGAAGAUGUAUGCAAAGAGUUCGAGCGCAACAUACGGGAAAUGAUUACCUAUUUUUUGGAAAACUGUCAAAAUUAUCUGGCCAAAUGUCGUGAGGCCGCGGGGAACUUUCACGAACGACUGGUCGAGGCAACCCUACCGUAUGCUGAGCGUCUGGCCAAAUCUGAUCCAAAUGAAACUGAACAACUUCUUUUUCCCGAUCGUGAAACAAUGAGCAAUUGCCUGUCACAAUCCAAAGAUAACCAGGUUAUCCGAAUUGAUCAGUGCGAGGAAUGGAUCAUCAAGCGUGCAAACACCUGGUGUGAUCAGUUGAUUGAAUCAUUGUUCCAGGAAGAGGUAUUGCAACGCCACACGAAUCGCGUCACAGAGAUCAAUCUGUUUGUGGACAGUCAACGCACCGAACUGGACUCGUACGAUUUGGGUGCGAUUUAG